AUGCUACACUAUCGCACGGAGGGGUUCAACGGGUGCGCGGUCAAGUACUCUCCGUUCUUUGACAAUCGACUCGCAGUUGCGAGCGCGUCCAAUUUCGGCCUUGUCGGCAAUGGGCGCCUCUAUGUCCUUGAGCUCACUCCCAAUGGAAUUGUGCCCGUGAAAUGGUUCACGACACAGGACUCCCUUUACGAUCUAGCAUGGUCCGAGAUCCAUGAAAAUCAGGUCCUCACAGCCUCCGGUGACGGCAGCAUCAAGCUUUUUGACUGCACAGCAAACGACUUCCCAGUCCAGGCAUGGAAGGAGCAUGGGCGCGAGGUGUUCAGUGUCAAUUGGAACAUGGUGCAAAAAGACCGUUUCUGCUCAAGCAGUUGGGACGGAACAGUGCGCAUUUGGUCACCACAUCGUGCCCAGUCCUUCCUAACCCUCCCCACUCACAGCUGCACCUACUCUGCCGCAUUCAAUCCCCAUAACCCCGACCUCGUCUCCUGCGUGACCUCAGACUCUUACGUGCGUGUUUUCGACCUGCGCACUCCAGCCUCUGCUUCAAACCACCUCGUUGUCCAAAUCCCUAUCCAUGCUGCUCCAGCCGCUCCACCCAUCCCGGGCCAGCCGGGCAUCCCGCCAGCCGCAACUCCCCCUGCCGAGGCUCUAACACAUGACUGGAACAAAUACCGGUCCACUGUCCUUGCGACUGGGGGCGUUGACCGCGCCAUUCGAACAUUCGACAUUCGUGCCCCGCAACAAGGGCCCUUAGCGACAAUGCUAGGCCAUGAAUACGCAGUCCGGAAACUGUCAUGGUCGCCACAUCUAUCCAAUGUAUUGCUCAGCGCAAGCUAUGAUAUGACCUUCGGUGAUAUGGAUGCCAUGCGUGCCGGUCCGGCAGGGCCAGUGGUCGGAAUGGAGCUUGGCCGCAUGGGGAGACAUACGGAAUUUGUGACUGGUGUGGAUUGGUGCUUAUUCGGGAACGAGGGAUGGUGCGCAAGCGUUGGCUGGGAUGAAAAUUUGUAUGUGUGGGACGUGAGGGCUGCAAUGAAUUAA